UCACAUGACAUGUUCUUGGAGAGCACACACACACACACACACACCAUCAAUGGUUUUGCUGUCAUUGAUCUUUUGUUAGAACUGAGCUGUUGUUUUUUCCUACACCUUCAGAGAGGAUUUGCGUGACUUCAGUGAAGUUUUUUGCAACAUUAUUUUCCUUUAAUUCUAAAUAGACAUUUUUUUUUCUCUCUUUGCUGUGUGUCUUUCACACAUCUGCCACCAUGUGCCUUCUGACAGCUGCCCUGCUGCUGACUUUACUUGAUUCCAUUUCCUGUGUUCAGUUUAUGGCGCCUCUGAACAUGGGGGGAGUCACAGGGCAGGUGCACUUUAACUCCACCUCCCACAUGGCCACUGUCAAUGUGACUGGCGCUGGAUCCUGUAGUGCAGUCAACUUCACCCUCAGUGUGUUCCCCGUCAAGUAUGGCCACUAUGCUCAGCCCUGUUCUGAAGCACAUAUCGGCUCCAGUGUUUACACCUUCACAGCUGAUCCAUCCUCAAAUUCCGCCGUCAAUGUGUCAAGCCUCUUCGAACAAAAGUCAGACCUGGAUGACUUCUCACUGACUUUGCACACAUGUAAUGGCACCAAAGUAUGCACGGUUGUAAGUCGAGGUCAGAUGGUCAAAACGUAUCAGGCCAGGUUCACUGGACCCAUCGCCGGUAAUGUUUACAUUCGCCUUAACACAGGAAACUCCAGUCCCAGGUUGCUCACAGACCUAGUUACAAUCGGUCAGGUCAGUGCCUCACAAACCAAUGUCACUCUCUAUGGAUCUCCGAGCACUGCCGCAAGCUGCGAUGGUCUUCUUGGAAACUUAAAUGCCUCAACUUUGACCAAUCUGGGUGUUGUGAAAGUCGGAACCCCUUUACAGCCUGAGAAAUCCCGCCUGGACCCAAGCAGCUUCAACACCCAGCAUCGAUUUCUUAUCCUUAAGACAGGGUCAAGUUACAAGUGUGCUCAGAUUUAUCGUGUACCUGAGAAACAGGUGAUGGCCAUGGUGAAUAUGAGAGGAAUCAAGGGAUACUUUAGCUUCCAUCAGGCUUCCCCUUUCGAUGCGACAAAGUUGAAAGUGAACCUGACCAACCUACAGAGCAAAGUCGGCCCUUAUCAUGUCCAUCAUUUUCCUCUCCCCUCAGUUAGGUCGCCUUCAUAUAGCCGGUGUUCAAAUGAUAAUGUAGGUGGCCACUGGAACCCAUUCAAUAUCAACACAAACGACCCAACAUACCCAAGAGUGCCUGGUUCAACACAUGACAUGUACGAGAUUGGUGAUCUCAGCGCCAAGCAUAUGUCCCUUGCAGGUAAAAACGAGGUGGACAUGAUGUUCAAGGACUACAACCUCCCACUGUUUGGAACAAACAGUAUCAUAGGUCGCUCAGUUGUGAUCCACCAACCAGAUGGUGCCAGGUAUGCUUGUGCCAGCAUCGGCUAUCCUGGUGAAGUGAUUGUAGGCAGAGCCAGAUUUCAGGGCCCUGUGGUUGGUGAGAUCUGGUUUACCCAAAUGACAAACAACCCUCUGUCUGACGUAACCAUCUUCACAGAUCUGUCAUAUGGAAAUCCCUCAAUGACACCAACCAAUAACCACAACUGGCAUGUUCACAUCUACCCCAUCAGCUCCGAGAGGGAUGAUGAUGAAAAUCACUGCAGCACGGUGGGAGGACACUGGAACCCAUUUAGAAUUAACACAACAGACAGCAGCUAUGCUCGCGACUGUGGCCCGUCCAGGCCCUUGUCCUGUGAGGUGGGAGACCUCUCAGGAAAACACAGCACUAUCAACCUUGGCCCCAAUGUGGGCGGAGUGGAAGCAAAAAAGUUCUUCACUGAUGUCACUUCCUGGUUGCCCAUGUCAGGCAUUAUUGGUCGUUCAGUGGUCAUCCAUGAAGCAGACAGAGGAGGGCCAAGGAUUGCUUGUGCCAACGUCACAAUGGUGCGAGUCCCAAAAGCUAGGUUAGGUAGAUGGUUUGGCUCCCAGCUACCUGGCGGCCAGAUCCAGUUCACCCAGGCUGUCCCACUCGGACCCACGACUAUAAACGUAUCCCUAAUUAACCUGAACUCCUCAGCUGGGGGUUACCAUAUUCACGUACUGCCUGUAAAACCUGGCACCACAGACCCCUGCUCCAGUGCAAACAUCCUGGGCCACUACAACCCGCUAGGCUGGAAUAUAUCGAACAGCCCCGCAGCUGGAACAGGAACAGUGGACCAAUAUGAGAUUGGGGACCUCAGCGGGAAGUUUGGCGGGCUGGCUGGCCUCAACGAGUAUCAGGCUGUACACACGGACCCUGAUAUGCCAUUAACUGGACCCUACAGUGUCGUGGGAAGGUCGGUGGUGAUUCACGCAACUAACGGAUCAAGAUUGCGGUGUUCUAAUGUCUCAGCUGAAAGAAAUACAGAUGGACGAUGGACUGUUGCCAAGGCUGUUUUCAGCGGUACAGUGAAUGGGACAGUUACACUGAGGCAGCAGAUGUUUCCUGAUGGGAGUAGCAGUGAUGCCACAAUGGAGGUGCUCCUUAAAGCGGAAAAUACAUCUGAGGCAUCCCUGUUCAUCACCACCAGACGCAGCACCAGCAACAGCACCCGCCAGUGCAGCAAUGGGCGAGGCACAUUCAAUCCCUUCAACAUGACAUCAAUGAGCUCCAGCUGUUCACAAUUAAACCCUCUGAGCUGUGUGGUGGGAGAGGUGUCUGCAAGACACGGCCCAGUCAGCCUGACUGAGGGAAUGGUCAUCACUGACAGCAUAAUCCAGCUCUCUGGACAGCGCUCAGUGGUUCACAGAUCUGUACUGCUGAAGAAUAACAACAGCAUCAUCGCAUGUGCCGACAUCCUCCCCGAAUCCCCUUCAGCAGAGCAGAUCUUUCCCAGAGUGAAAAACUUCAGCGAGUAUGACUUCCGCAGAAGGGUUGCAGAUGUCCUGAAUGUGACGCCAAUAACAGUCACCGUCCUGCAAGGCUCUCCCAGCUCUGCAGCUGAUGGAAAGUGCCAGCAAGUCGACUACAUGGUGUCUGGGGAAGUCGACGCAGCACUUCUGGCAUCCGUCAAAAACAGCGACAAGAUGGGCAUUUUUAAAGAGUCGAGCAUAUGCGGGCGUGCAGGUCUGCUGCUGAUGCCAGGGACUUUGCUUCUUGCCUUGAUGUUUGCUGCCGCCUGCCUGCUGCCAUCUGCAGUCUACACAUAGCUCUGAGAUUUGGCCACACCAUGCGUCAUCAGUGGGGAUACAUGGAUCCUCAUAUUGUAAAACUGUGAAUAUGUUUAUGAAAUGUAGCCCACCAAAUGAUACGAUGGUCAUCUGAUUCAUUAACAAGUAAAUAAUAACUGUGUUUCUUUGUACGGCUUGCUUUUUGCAGUAAUUUAGGCAACAAGUUAUUCAUUAACUACUCAGCGUAGCCUUUAAAAAACUUCAUUUUUCCAUAACAGAUAUCGCUUAUAUUUUAUUGAUUUGGACUGUUAAAUGGAUGGGUGAAAUUAAUGCUGUACAUUUUCUGACUUUUUUUUUCUUUACUUACGCACCAUCCAUAAAUUCAUGUCAAAAUGUGUGUAAAUAUCAGGAAAAUUGUGAAUAAAAUACAAUAUUGUUUGUAUGCUUUGUUCCAAAAA